AUGGGUUCCGAAACGCUGUACGACAUGACUUACCCCAAGAUCGGAGCCGUGCGGGGUAAAGGGGCAUCAAAUGGCCAGGGUACACUGAUCGUGGCUGUCACGGCCGUGAUUGUCAGCUUCGUCACCAUGUUUGUCGUCGUGUUUGUAAUGGUGCGGCUGGGGGCGGAACUGGGCGAGAUCAAGUUACAGCUGUCUCACCUGAAGGACACGGAAACGCACCUGAAGGAAACUGAAGCGCAGCUGAAGGAAAUGGAAUCGCAUGUGCAAGAGCUGCGACAAUGGAGAGAACACCUAGACGUGCAGGUCAGUCUUCAAGGCCCGAAUGCUCAGGAGGACGUGAACGGAGAUAGGCGUGGUAAAAGCGCCACCUUUCUGUACGGAGCUGAAGUGCAUCAGCGAGCCAAGAGAUCCGUGCACAACACUGGAGACUUUGCGAACAAGAUUACAUUGCCGAUGACUCUUGGGGGAUGCCUUGCUGCAUCUGCUGGAAGGGACGGUGUGCAGGGCCCGCCCGGUCCUUCUGGAAGGGACGGUCAGACGGGACCACAUGGUCCUCCCGGUCCACCAGGCCCUCCCGGUCCGCCUGGAUCUGAUGGACUAAACGGUCUGCAGGGCCCAGUCGGACCUUCCGGUCCUUCUGGAAGGGACGGUCAGGCAGGACCACUAGGCCCAACAGGACCACCCGGUCCGCCUGGAUCUGAUGGACUGAACGGUUCACAGGGUCCAGCCGGUGAGACAGGACCACCCGGUCCAGCCGGUGAGACAGGACCACCCGGCCCAGCCGGUCAGGCAGGACCACCCGGUCCAACAGGACCUUCCGGUCCACCUGGAACUGAUGGACUAGACGGUCCGCAGGGCCCAGCCGGUCAGGCCGGACCUCCUGGACCUCCCGGCCCUCCCGGAUCUGCUGGACAGGUAUUUAGCGAGGCGAUGUAA